GUCGACCAACCACGGACAGCUAUUUUACGGCCGCUGGAAACACAACUGUGAAUUGAAUCAGAUCCCAUCUGACAAACCCCUUCCACCCAAAUUGGAACCCGAGGCUGGUAAAGAUGGGUGUCCCGAAGUUUUACCGAUGGAUAUCAGAACGCUACCCGUGUUUGAGUGAAGUUGUCAAAGAACACCAGAUUCCAGAGUUCGACAAUCUUUACCUUGACAUGAAUGGAAUCAUCCAUCAAUGCUCACACCCCAAUGAUGAAGAUGUCCACUUUCGUAUUUCUGAGGAAAAGAUUUUUGCUGAUAUUUUUCAUUACCUGGAAGUGCUCUUCAGAAUCAUCAAGCCUCGCAAGGUUUUCUUCAUGGCCGUAGAUGGCGUAGCGCCCAGGGCCAAGAUGAACCAACAACGAGGACGGAGAUUCAGGUCUGCCAAAGAAGCAGAAGAGAAGAUCAAAAAAGCUCUGGACAAAGGAGAGGUGCUGCCCACAGAGGCUCGCUUUGACUCCAACUGCAUCACCCCUGGAACUGAAUUCAUGGUGAAACUUCAAGAGCAGCUAAAGUACUUUGUUCACAACAAAGUGUCCACUGACAAACUGUGGCAGAAUGUUCGAGUCUACCUGUCCGGCCAUGAGACUCCAGGAGAAGGGGAGCAUAAGAUCAUGGAGUUCAUACGCUCUGAGAAUGCCAAGCCAGGUCACAACCCUAACACCCGACACUGUCUAUACGGCUUAGAUGCUGACUUGAUAAUGUUGGGCUUAACCAGCCAUGAGUCAAACUUCUCCUUGCUAAGAGAAGAGGUUCGCUUUGGAGGGAAGAAAUCACAGAAAAGGAUAACGGCUCCAGAAGAGACAACAUUCCAUUUGCUUCAUCUCUCUCUAAUGAGAGAAUACAUUGACUAUGAGUUCUCUACACUAAAGAAUCAGAUCGGUUCUGACUAUGACUUGGAGCGAAUAAUAGACGACUGGAUUCUGAUGGGCUUCUUAGUUGGCAAUGACUUCAUCCCUCACCUUCCAAACCUCCACAUCAGCCACGACGCUCUGCCUUUGCUUUACAAGACCUACAUGAGCGUUCUGCCAAGUCUCGGUGGCUACCUGAAUGAGAACGGCCACCUCAACCUUGCAAACUUUGAGAAGUAUCUGGAAAAACUGGCUGAGUUUGACCGAGAGCAUUUCAACGAGGUAUUUGUGGAUCUGAAGUGGUUUGAAAGUAAAGUGGGCAACAAAUAUCUGAAUGAGGCAGCUGGACUGGCUGCUGAGAGGGAAGCUGGAGGCAAGGAUUGUAAAGAGGCCGCGAUUUCUGCUGGGGCAGGCCCUAGUUCAUCAGCUAUGAUCAUGGGUGGCAUGAAACUGCCCGCCCAGGAUGAUGACGAGGAGGAUGAUCUGUUUGAGACGGAGUUCAGGCAGUACAAAAGAACGUACUACAUGACCAAGAUGGAAGUGGAGGUGGUGUCAGAUGAGUUUCUUGCCAAACAGGCCAAGUGCUAUGUGGAGGGCAUCCAGUGGAUUCUCCACUACUACUACCAUGGGGUUCAAUCCUGGAGCUGGUACUACCCCUUCCACUAUGCCCCCUUUCUGUCUGACAUCAAGAACAUUUCAGAGUUGAAGUUGACCUUUGAUUUUGGAAAACCGUUCAUGCCUUUUCAGCAGCUGCUGGCUGUCCUGCCCGCAGCCAGCAUGGAGCUUCUGCCUCAAUGUUAUCGGCUACUGAUGACGAGUGAAUUUUCCCCCAUCAUCGAGUACUACCCAACUGACUUCAAAACUGACCUGAACGGCAAGCAGCAGGAAUGGGAGGCUGUUGUUCUUAUUCCCUUUAUAGAUGAGACAUGCUUGCUGGCAGCAAUGGAUACCUGCAAUUCGAAACUGACCAAAGAAGAGAAGGCCAGGAAUCGUCAUACAGAGUGCGCCGUCUAUACCUACGACCCUGAAAUUGACUUUGCUUACGAUUCCAGUCUACCCCACUUGUUCCCAAAUAUCGUCCACUGCCAUGUCAGGAAAACCGAGAUCCCACUGGAUGCCUGGCACGUGUCACUGGAUCAUGUCUGCCGACGAAUAGAUCGCUCAGCUCUCUACUUCUGUGGAUUCCCAACCUUGCAACACAUCAAACACAAGUUUGAGUUGAAGAAAAGCGGGGUGUUGGUUUUCCAGCAAAGCAGCAGAGGGGAGAACAUGAUUCUGGACAUCAUCCAGAAUGAUGAUGAAGAGACGAUAUGUGACGAUGUGGCAGAAGUCAUUCUUGGAAAACCUGUGUUUGUCAACUGGCCGCAUCUGGAGGAGGCUCGCGUUGUUGCAGUGUCAGAUGGAGACACCAAGUAUUCUCUGGACGAGCCUCCAAAUGUCCAGAAGCUCUAUGAGAGAGCCUCCACUCCUCCUCCCACCAAAGUGACCUGCCUUUCUGACAAGGAGCAGAAGGACUGGGUGAAAGAUGUCCAGGGAGUCACUGAGCACUUUCUUAAAAGAAAAGGAAUCAAGAUAAAUGAGACGGCCGUGGUCUUGUAUGCCCAACUGUUGACGGGAAGGAAGUACAUCCCCAAAGCCAAUGGUACAGUGGAAUUGGAGAAGCAGUGGGCCAAACAGAUUCUCCCUUUCGCCUACCAGACUGUGGUCAAGGACAUUAAGGCCUUCUACUCGUCUUUGACCUGCUUCAAGAGCUUAGAUGAGCUGUUUUCUCCUGGAAUUACUGUCUUCAUGGUUGGUAACCCAUACUACGCUGCAAUGGGAGAGGUGCAGGAUUCCAGUGAUGUCAUCAAUGAAGGCCGGGUACGAGUGGUCUUCAAUGUGCCGAAUGAGCCGCAGUUGGAUUCUCUAAUCCAAAACCAGCAUAAAUACUCUGUGAAGUACAGCCCUGGGUAUGUCUUAGCAUCUCGCUUGGGCAUCACCAGCUACCUCGUCUCUCGCUUCUCAGGCACCAUCUUCAUUGGCAGAGGGUCAAAGAAGAAUCCUUGUGGUGAGCAAAAGGCAAAUGUUGGCCUUAACCUGAAGUUCAACAGGAAGAAUGAGGAGGUUCCAGGAUACACCAAGAGGACUGAGAAGGAGUGGCUGUACUCUGCUGCUGUGGAAGAGCUUCUAGCUGAAUACUUGGACCGGUUUUCAGAAGUGUUUGACACAGUGUCAAGAAACAGCCACGAUGACGUCUUCUAUGAAGAUGACAUUUGGCCUGGAGAGGAUCAGAAUGGAGCGGAGAAGGUCGCAGAAAUAACUUCAUGGUUGAAAAGUCACCCCGUCAGCUCCAUCAGCAGGACAUCAUGUGACCUGCAAGUUCUGGACUCGAGUAUAGUAGAGAAGAUUGAGGAAGCUGUGGAGAAGUCCAAGAUUAAAAAGAGUGUGAAGAAAGUCCGUGUGACAGUCAAGCCGCAUCUGCUCUUCAGACCCCUGGAGCAGCAGCAGGGCGUCGUACCGGAUCCUGAAGCCGAGUACCGACUCUUUGAUCGAGUCAUCAAUGUCCGGGAGAGCUUCACAGUCCCACUGGGGCUCAGAGGAACAGUCAUUGGAAUUAAAGGAGCGGAACGUGAGGCUGAAGUUCUCUACGAGGUGUUAUUUGAUGAAGAGUUUGCUGGAGGUUUGAACAUCAGGUGUGCAUCGUCUCGUGGUUACCGCCUCCCACCGUGCGCUCUCAUCAACCUCACCCAUGGCGCCCGAAUGGACCACUCGUCCCAAAAACUCACUGCCAUAGUCAAACCCCAGCCAGCUGCAGCCGCCAACUUCAAUGCUCAGAGGCAGCUCGGAGGUCUCAACCAUUCGCCGAGGUCACCCUUCAUACCCACACAACAUAACAGCAAACAUGGUGUUCAGAGAGUGGCGAGCAGAAAUUCCCCUGUUAAGGGUCCAAUUCAGAAACAGGCAAAGCAGAGUAAGGACGAGUACUCAAAUGUGUGGCAGGCCAUGCAGAACUCCGGCCCUCCCAAUAAACCCCCCACCCACUGGCAUAGUAAUGAAGGGAAUGCACAACAAGGGAAGACCCAGAAUUCAACACCAAACACCUCUUUACCAGCUGGAGGAAUCAGACUGUUGAAAAAAAAUGAUGACGUCAGCACACUUUUUCCACCGAAGAACCAGGACCAGAAGACCACCACCGAGCUAGAAGACCUGCUAGCGAACCUGGCGAUGCCCAAAGGCACUGUGCCGACACCUCCAGCCCCAUCACAAACACCCCAGUCUGACGGCCCUCUGUCUCCACAGUCUUUUGCCAUGAAGGGAACCAUGGUUUUAAAAGAGAUGCUGAAGAUCGACAGCGCAGGAGCGGCGGAUCACUCCACCCACAAACCUGCGUCUAUACCCUCCUCUGACAAGCAGCAGAACAAGAGAAGAUCAUCCAAAAAACUUGCUGCCAACAUGUCCACACCUCAUGAGGAGGCGGGACAGGCUCCACCGUUGCCCCACAACGCCGGCAGCUUCCCCAACACUUUGCUGACCACCAAGGUGUCCGAGCUAGCGUGCGUGUGUGCAGCCCUGGGCAUGGCUCCGCCUGAGUUCAGCUUCAUCCACAACAGACAGCAGGGGCUGGUGGUCUGCCAGGUGAAGCUGUCCAGUGGACUGAUGGUCCACGGGCCACAGUGUCAGUCUGAGAAUGAUGCCAAGGAGAAAGCUGCCUUCUUCGCCUUACAGAGACUGAACUCGGUGGGUUCUGGUUUCCCUCCUCACCCCUGUCUGUAUCCGGGGAUGGGUCAGAUCCGCCCACCGCCCCUCUUCAAUCCAGCAGCAGGGGGCUUGCUGCUGCCCCCCCAGGGCUACCCUCCUGCGUCCCUGUGGGGAAUGGCUUUUCCGCCGCACCACCCCCAGAACCAGGCCUUCUACCGAGCCACAGGAACCUUCCCUGGUGCCGGCCCACCUCAGCCUCCACCAUCAGUGCCCAUCGGCUCCCACAAUCAGUUCAUCCCACUGCAGGUGACCAAGAAAAGAGCCUCUGCCAACAAGAAGAACCAGGACACCCUGGAUGGUUACAGUGGCGGCAGGAAUCCAUCACAGAGAGCUCCAAACCAACAGGCCCAUGCACCUGCCGAGCAGAAGACCCCCGCACCUUCGUCCAACCCCAGCGCUGCGGAGGCAGUGUCUCAGCUGACUCCCCAGAAACAAACCCCUCCAGCAACAACCCGCACGCCUGGCUCCGCUUCUAAAGGAAGGCACCGAAAUCGAAAGUUAGCGGUGAACUUUGAAGCGACAAAAAUCUCUGAGUGAGGGUUUGGCUUCAUCUGGCUUUUUAAUCUAUUUUUUUGUUUUUCUAUGACCGCUUAUAUGUUCUCUGAUCAUGCAGCUCCGCGUCCUUCACUAGUGGAUGAGGAGCGUUUUAAAAAGACCAUGAUGGAGACCGAGGUGUGUCAGCAGCUCGAACACACUUACACUACUGAAUAAAUGGAGAGGAAAAAGUGGCACCUCCACUUCAUACUAUUCCCAACUCUACAUUGACCCACUGAUCUGAUAACGGUUGUUCAUUGAAAUAUAGAACACAGCCUACUUGAUGGAUAAUGUUUUUCUAACUAGAAACAGCCUCUGUUGCCUCAUUUUUAUAACGACAAUGGAGAAAUACAUCCCUGUGACUGAGGCAGGUCUCAGGGGCCCAGUCAUUUUUAUAACUUCAGUUCUGCUCUCUUAGAGGAGAGUGAACAUUUUUCCCUGCGCCAUACAGAAUUUGAUUUUCCCAGUAUUUUUUAGCUUGUGUGUAUUUUAACAUUCUCCUGUUGAAAAAUUCAGUUUAAGAGAAUUAAGUUGUGCAGUUCAUAAACAGCACUGUCAGUCUGUGGCGUGCUAGAAUGUUGCUGUCAGGAUCAUUGUCUCAGAGUGUUGGUGUGUUGUGCUGCUGAGCACGUUCGGCCCUGUCUUCAGCGGACACUGAACUGAAACAGACCCAUGUGAUUCGGAAUCAUUAUCACUAUUUUUUCUUUACCUUUUUAAAAACUAUCUUUGGUGGUGUUUUAGGCAGGCUAAGUAUGCUUCUUAGUCAUUUGUGUUAUUGUUUAAACCAGAUUUGUGGGUGCAGCAACCUUUAAAAUCUGUGGGCGGCGGAGCACCCGCUACAUUUUUGGUGAUCGUGGCUUUUAAACUUGUGAUUAUAAUCCUUAUUAAUCCUCUGAUGCCAAACCCUGGGGACUGAAGUCAUGGAGGCUCUAGUGCAAUAAAGGGAGGUCUUGGAAACUGAAGCACACCUGAUGUACAUGUUGUUCAUGAAGUGUAGAUGAUAAUUCAGGGCUGUGCUGUACAUAUAAAUCAUUGAAUACAUUUUUUUUGUGACAUGUCUGUGGCUUCUGGAAUUUAUUUCCUGCUUCAAGCUUACACUGACCUCUAGCGACAGUCGCCAGUGUCGCAGAAAUAUGGCCUACCUCUUUCCUGUUAAACAGAAAAUAAAAUGCUACAAAGGAUUUAAUAAAUAAAAUCUUAAGUUUACUUCUUAGUCACAGAACAUACAUAAAGAAGAACGAUUCAUUGUUAAAUAAUAUCAUUCAUCCAGACAGUAACAUAAAGCAUGUGAAUUUAAACAUGGGCCCUUUACCUGCUGUGUAUCUGAGUACUCUCUGAAAUAAAUACAUUUACACAUGAAAGGCAAACAUCAGUCCUCAAGAGU